AUGUUAGCGGGUACAUCUGCUCUACCAGAGAGGUCUGUCUCGGUUACCCAGAGAGAAAGAGGUAGAGGUAGACGAAGAAGUCAGUCAGAAUCCUCGACUCCACAAGAGAUACGCUCCACAACUCGGGUGUAUAAUAUCAAGACUAGCGAGGAUAGAGAUGACCCAAAAAUAAUAGCAGAUGGGCAAGGCGGUUCGGGUCUCUACACUGAAAUCGGCAAGAAAGCCAGAGAUCUUCUUUACAAGGAUUAUCAAACUGACCAAAAGUUCACUCUGACCACUACCUCUCCCACUGGAGUUGCAAUUACCUCUGCUGGAACGAAGAAAGGUGAACUGUUUUUUGCUGAUGUUAACACCCAGCUGAAGAAUAAGAAUGUCACAACUGAUAUCAAGUGGACUGACUCCAAUCUAUUUACCACCAUAACGGUUGAUGAACCUGCACCUGUGCUGAAGGCUAUCUUUAGCUUCAGAGUACCUGAUCAGAUGUCUGGCAAGAUUGAACUCCAGUAUUUGCAUGAGUACGCUGGGAUAAGCUCAAGUAUAGGAUUGACUGCAAACCCUGUAGUUAACUUCUCAGGCGUGUUGGGGACAAAUGUUCUUGCACUCGGUACUGAUAUUUCUUUCGACACAAAGACUAGGAAUUUCACCAAAUGCAAUACUGGAUUGAGCUUCUCCAACGUGGAUCUAAUUGCUUCAUUGGCUUUGGUUGACCCUUGUUUCCAUAUGGGACCCAUAGCUUCUCAACCAAUGCGAACACCAUCGGGGACACAACAUGCAAUUGACCCAUUGACCAUGGUCAAAGCACGGGUGAACAAUGUAGGCAUGGCAAGUGCAGUCAUCCAGCACGAGUGGCGCCCUAAGUCCCUGUUUACGAUUUCGGGAGAGGUGGAUACCAAGUCCAUUGACAAGAGCCCCAAGGUGGGACUUGCUUUGGCACUCAAGCCUUGA